AUGGAAAAUAAAGCGGAGCCACAGAAACGUUACAUCUGCUCUUUUCCGGACUGUUCGGCCGCCUACAACAAACAGUGGAAGCUGAGCGCUCAUCUUUGUAAACACACCGGAGUGAAGCCGCACACAUGUGAGCACGAUGGCUGCGGGAAGUCUUUCAGCAGCCCAUACCACUUAGCCCGACAUGAUCUCACCCACAGCGGCGUGAAGCCUUUUAAAUGCACCGUUGACGGCUGUGAAGAGGCAUUUACCACCAACUCCAACCGGAGCAGACACAUGAGCAGGGCCCACACUCAGGAGCAGAAGAAGUAUGCGUGUAAGUUUGAGGGCUGUGGGCUGGAGUUCAAGAAACACAAGCAGCUCAAGUCUCAUAUAUGUGAGCAGCACACUCAGCUGCCCCCUUACCUGUGCACCUAUGAAGGAUGUCAGAUGAGAUUCGCCUUCCCCAGCAAGCUGAAGAGGCAUGAGAAGGUGCACAGAGGUUACCCCUGUAAAGAGGAGGACUGCAGCUUCACAGGAAAGACCUGGACCGAGUACCUGAAGCACAGGAAGGAGCAGCACAGGCUCACUGUGAGGUGUGAUCAGUGCAGCAAAGAGUUCAGGGACUCCUGGUUCCUGCAGCAGCAUCAACACAUCCACUCUGAUGUGCGGGUGGUCCUCAAGUGCCCGAGAGACGACUGUGAGAGGUCUUUCACCACUGCUUUCAACCUUCAGAGCCACAUAAGCUCCUUCCACGAGGAGCUGCGACCCUUCACCUGCACCCACCCGGGCUGUAGGAAAACCUUCGCCAUGAGGCAGAGUCUGCAGCGUCACAGCAUCGCCCAUGACCCGCUGAGGAGGAAGCUGAAAAAGCCUCGACCCAAGAGGUCUUUGGCCUCCAGGCUGAGCGGUUACAGUGAAACAAAGAGAGUGGUCCCCAAGAAGGGCAGGGUGCCUGAACCAGUCACAAGUCCUGCACAAAACCAGACUGAUCCUCCAGGGUCUGUGGAGUUGGUGUCCCUCCUGCAGGAUACGUCUCUGCUCUGCAGCCCCGCUGUGGACGUACUGACAAACUCCUUGCCUCCACCCCUGACGGUGUAG